AUGUCGUCCAGAGGCAACUCCGCGGGGUCCACCCGCCCGCGAUCUCGUCGCUCAAUUGCCCAUGUACCGCGAUCGAAGUUGCCAUCCGGGGUAGACAAGGAGAAUGCUACCACCGAUAUUAGCGCGUCUCAGCCGCUGGAAGGCUCCUCGAAAUCGCUGGGUAAAGAUAAGAAAUCCCGUAGUAAGAGUCUGGGACCUGGGGGCUUGGAUGCGCUCCAGGACUCAAAUGGCAACCGACGCAAGUCUACCAUAGCUUUCCCCCUCAAAUCCAUCCUGAAACCUACCGUACCUGUCUCCCCGGUUCGGAACAUACCUUCUUUCGAAGAAACCCGCAGACGUACCCCAGCACGAGGAACCCACCAGAAUAAUGGCGAUGGAGACGGGAAUAAUAAUGGCAAGGAGGACCUUUUGAUAGACUUCGACACGCCGGCUCAACCUUCGGCAGCAUCGAGUACCGAUGAGCGUGCCAACCCCUUUGACAGCUUCAAUGCAUCAGCGAUCCGCGACGAAAUGGCUGCCGUGAGAGAACGAGAGGAAACAGAGAGGCGCGAGAGAGAAAGGAAGGCUAUUCUUGAACAAAGAGAAGCGCGUCGCAAAUCUAUGGCGAAUCGACGAGUAUCAUUUGCUCCGGAAGCGACAUUACACACAUGGAACGUAGUGGAAAUACCGGACGACUCUACUUCAUCAUCCACAUCCAAUUCUACUAGGCGAGCGUCAUCUUUAACAAAUGGCGGAACGAAGAGAGCUUCAGAACAAGUUGAACCGCCAUCCUCGCCUGACAUUGAUGCGCAAUCAGACAUUGCCUUUUCUCCAGUACAGUACCCCGACUUAGAACGACUCAAGAAUGGCCCGAUGCACCCAGGUGACGAUGGAAUGGGGUCGUCUCAGAUGUCAUCAAGCCCCUUCAGCGGAAGCUCCGUUGAUGGUACUGAAGAUAUUAGGCUGCAGGACGUUGCUGGGGAUGACCAUGACGACGAAGAUGACGAUAACUCGGCUACAUCGGGCUUCGACGCGGAAAGUACGGCAAUGAGUUUGGACGAUAUGACGGUGCGGUCUGCUGUGACAGCACAGUCUGAUGGCUCUGGAUCCAGUACCAGCUCCAGUGAUCGGCUGAAUGAAGCUCUGAGACAGGCGGCUCGAGAAGCAGGAACCCAAAAAAUCGACGACGAUGAAAACGCGGAUGUGUCGAUGGAGAUUGCCGAUCAAGAAAUUACUGGUGCCUUCCAGCCCUGGAUCAAGAAAGGACAGAGGCAAAGUUUUGACUGGGAAGAUAUAAGUGCUCGGCACGAUCAGGAAAACGUUGAACCUCCCCAACCAAGAAUGGAAGAUAAAGGAUUUCUCGAUGCCGUCAGUGACAAUGGAGACGAAGAGCUCAGCAUGGACGUGACAAACGCUAUCGGGGGGAUUAUCUCCGGGCUACCUGGUCGUCGCCAAAGCACCGCCCGCCGGAAGUCUACUGGGGAGGAGACCAACUACGAGGAGCAAACGAUGGAAUUUACGAAUGUAAUCGGAGGCAUCGCACACACUGUUUCUCCUGCGAAAUCUGUUGGUGGCGAGAGCAAUGCGAACGAAGACGAGGAGAUGACCAUGGAGUUCACGUCUGUGGUCGGAGGUGUCCUUAACAGACCUUAUGCCUCUGAGGAAAAUAAUGGACAAGCAGCGUCUAUUACUGCAGAAGCGAAAGGGCUGAGCCUCUCUGAAUGGAUCAAUAACGAAGAUGACAUGGAACAGGAUGUAGACAUGGAAAUCACUGGAGCCAUUGGCGGCAUUCUCCCAACAAACGAAGAACAGACUCAAUUGCAAGACGUCUAUGACGACCAGACCGCAGGGAUGGAUGUCACAACAGCCAUGGGUAGAAUAUUACCAUCGACUGUGGAGGCUGGUGAUAAGAAACAGGCGAAGCUGAUGAUGGAAAUGGAGUCCGACGGUGGACAGUUGGAUAGCUCUCCCUUCCGAGACAUCACCGCGCCACAGUCUCCGGCUAAAUCGCAAGUCUCCUUCCACGUUGCUGCGAUUGCUUCUGAGAGUGGUAGUCCAAGUUUAGCGAGUGUAAGAUCUCGACGCACGAGGCAGAGUCUGAGUUUUCCACAGUCAACUACGCCCCCCUCACGCACGCCGCAACAGUUACCGUCCAAGAAAUCUCUAACUCCUCCAAAGCAACUAACGCCGCAGGCGAGCCAUCCUUCGACCCCCGGCAAGACUCCACUGAGUGACAGGAGGUACCCAAGCACAUCUCCCAAGAAGCUUUUCCAGCCCCAUCUCCAAGAGUCCGCCGGUAAGCGAAAGUCUCCUGGGCGUAAAAGCCUUUUUGGACCCAGCACAGCGGGAGAAUCGACUCCUCUCUUUGUUCUCCAGCCUCAUGGGAAGAGACGCUCCUCUGGGCUUGGGAUUGACAAAGAAGGGCUUGGAUCUCCUCGGGUGGCGGCUAUGCUUGACCAGCGUCGGUCGAUUGGCGAGGAAGUCGGCGAGUUUGUUCCUCAGGAGCGGCAACAGGGAGGAGUGCGCUUCGAGGAUCCCGUGAAGCUCCACGAGGAGGUUGAUCGCGAGCGCGAGGAAGAGGAGAACCGGGAGGACGGUCAUAUCCCGCCCCUACAACCGGGUGAGAGAGAUCCCACCGCGAACCUCAAGGACAUGAUUUCGAGCCUGACACCGAAGAAAAACAAACUUCGUGGUCGGAAAAGCCUGCAUGUCGGUACGGCUCGAGGGCUCCUGGGAAAAAGACCGGCAGAGCUCGAUCAGGACGACGAAGAAUUGGACAAUACACCAAAGCGCUUCAGAGGUCAUGAUGUCAGCCCGGUGAAGAGUAUCCGACUGCCGGCGCCCCCAACGAAGGAGGAAACCGUCGGUCGUCGGUCACCUAGUAAAACUAUGGAAAUGGCAUCACCUAUUAAGGCCAGUACCACUCCUACCCGAGAGCCAGGGGACAGCCCAGCGGGGAAACCUCCGACGGAGCAAACCAGCCCAGACUCUGAACCCGUAGAUGGGGAUGCUCGUGGCGAGGACCCGGGCCUUGAUCCGGGCCCUGAAUUUGAGCCUAUUCAGCUACAGGACUUCUUGGACAUGACCAACAUUCAUUUUAUGGAGCUGAAUACCACAAAACGACGGCAUACGACGGCUCCUGAUAGUGGCCGUAGAAGAGCGGCUCGGCUUUCCAGUGAGAACGGGGACCGGUCCAGCGCUACCAAUUUCGAAGACUGCGUGGUAGCUGGGGUCUGCACUGUUUCUAUGCUGGAGCUCUAUCAGCACUCCUGUCGAGAGUUGAAAUCCUACAUUUCGGAAGGCCGACAAGUCAUCCGGUCCAUCGAGACGGAAACCUAUGCGGAUAAUCCGCCACUUUUCCGAGAGUACAUGACGGCGGCGCCCGAUAUCCGUCUGCUGAUGGAUAAUCAGUUUCGAAACGUGAAGAUGCAUGCUCGACUUCUGAGCAAGGCCACAUGGUAUGAGUGGCGGAUGAAACUGCUGGAUGGGCUGAAAGACGGGCUGAACCGCACUGUUGAUGAGAUGAAGGCGGACGAUGAGCGUCUGUCGAAACACGAGGCAGUCCUCAAUGAGGUUGUCCCGGCUCUUAUCGAAAAGCAAGCUUCGCUCGAUGGAGAAGCCACCACACUCCAGCAGUUAGCUGAUGAGAUGGAGAACUGUGAUCAGGAUGAACUGCGUGGAGCACGGGAGAAACUGGCCAGCAUCGAGGAGGAGAUUGCCACAAAGAAGAAACAGCUACAGGAGCUGCAGGGCGAGGUGCAGGACAAGUCUCGACGUAUCGAGACGGGAACGGAGCUCAAAGCCGAGUUUAUGGCGCAUAUCCAGGAAGCGGAGAGGGUCAAGGAAGAAUGCCGUGGCUGGAGCGCGAAGGAAAUCAGCGAAUUGAGAGGCUCUGUCCACGAGAUUGAGCGCCAAACCGGCUGGUCCAUUGUCUCUGCGAAGACCUCCAAGACUCAGGGUCCGAUGGUCACAAUGUCUUAUCGCGAGCAACUGCGACUUAUGUUCCACCCUGGUGCUUUCUACCAUGAGAAUGACGAGAAGUCGAACGCACCGGUUGAACUGAGCUAUCAUCCAGGCGCGCCGCUGUCGUCCAUCGCGCUGUUGGUGUUGAAGUCUCUACAGAAUCGUCUGGCAGAAGUGGAGCAGGCCACAGUGGCCCCGAAAUUCCUGCUACGAUUUAUCUCGGACGCAUGGGAUCUCAUGCGACGGCUAGAAGAAGAGGCUCGCAUGCUGGAGUUUUGCGGGGUCACGAAGCUCAAGCUCAUCGAGACGGAGGAUCAACAUCAGCUGCGGGCGAGAUGCACUUUACUCCAGGGCGUUCCGGGUAGUGGCGGUCGUCGAAUUGACGUGGACUUUGCGGUGACGACGCGCGUGGUGGGCCAGGAAACUGGGAUGGGAUCGCUGGAUCUCGAGACGGACGUGAUUGCCAACAAAGUGUAUGGAUUCGAUGACGGAGACAUGUCGGAGCGGGAGAUGCGGCGGAUCGUUUGUGACGAACUGGGAGAGACUGGGCAGUCUGAGCAGUCUGGGAAGACAUUGGGGAACGGGAUCUGGAGGACGGCGGUUCAACGGUUGCAAGCGGGAUUCUAG